ACUUUUUCCGUUGUGCUACUACAUAGCGUGACAUAUCGUUGCUGGUUAACAAAUACACUGCUUCUCACACAUCCCUCGUUUUAUUUCCAUUCGAGAUUGAGUUAACUGAGAUAUAAAACAAAUAUUACUUACGUUUAUAGACUGUGAGAGCGAAUACACCAUAUCUUACUUUGGAUUUCACCACUGAGGAUUUCAUGGCGAGACUCUAAUUUAGCGACGAGCCAAUCAGAAGCGUUUGAGCAAUUUCAAGGUCACAGAGCCAAGUUCAACACACGAUGCUAACAUACAGUGGUAACGCUCCUAGGGUAUCGUCCACUGAUGGGGGUUGCGAGCACUUGAAGGUCAAACUGUCGCAAAAUGAUUGGUGCAUCACAUCGACAAUUCGUGAAAAUUUUCAGAAGCGGUCAAAUCAAGGCAUUUUUAGAUUUGAAUUGAGUUCAGCCACACUAUGUCUAGUAACGUUCAUUCUUCAAGUAACGAAGACGAUGCCAUCGUGAUGAUGCAUGAUAUAGGUAAUAUGACUUCUGUGGUUAGUAAUUAUUUUUUUAGUAUACGCAUACUAAAUACGUUAUGUCAGUAUACAAAGAGAACAGUGAUGAUCCAACUCUAAAGUACUUUUUCGUGAGUUAUGUCUGUACAUAUGGACGUAAACGCAGUUCGUCAGAGUCAGAUGCCUGCGUUCAGGAUGUAGAUGAUCAUAGUAAUAAUCAUUCUUCUGAAGAGCUUACAACUUCUAACUCGCCAACACAUCCUAGGCAAAGGAGACGACGUCGGUCAUCUACGUAUGCUUUACUUCAAAUGAAUUUAUCCUUCAGGUCGAAAUAUUGCGUUUCAAUGACUACAUGCUGCCCUGUGGUCAUAUUUUGUAUGCACAUUCUAAAGACUUGUUUCGACAUAGCAACAAGUGGACAAGAAAAUACAUAAUAGACCUGGUUCUUCGUGCGCUGGACAACAUCUCAAUCUCUACAGGGAGUGAUGAUCUGCUAGAGAAGUUCACCAGCAACUACCACUCAAUCCAUGCUCUUAGUGAACCUUUGGCAAGUAAACUCAUCCGUUCAUGCCUCGAAGCAUCGGAAGACAUAUGCGCACAAGUGAUGAGUUCAAUCGGUGCUAAUGACGAAGCUACAACGUCAGAAUCCAUUGUUAAUACAGACCAUAGCUAUGCUUCUUGAUAACAAGAAGUUCUAAUAUUGUUAUCUUUUUAGUUUUACAUAAAUUCAUUUAUAUGGCC